GGCCAGUCGCCGCGCAUGCGCGCCCCCGUCGGCGAUGUUGCUGCGCACGCGCGGUUUGGACGUCAGGGCGCCGUGCCCCCGGAAGCGGAAACGGCGCGUUGCUCGGCGGGCUCCCGGAAGAUGGCGGUGGCCGCUCCAGCUCCAGGCUCCGCGGACGAGCUGGUGUCUGCAGUCACCCUGUACCGGCGGCGGCCCCGGCUUCUCCACGGCACCGUCCUGCCUUUCGUGGCCGGGCUGUACCCGGCCUGGCUGUGGCUGUGGGGGCCCCGGGUCUGGGCCGCCUGGGGGGAGGUGGAGGAGGCCGGCUCGGGCCGCGGCCCCCCCGAGGCCGCGCUGCUGGCGCUCGCCGCUAUCGGGGUCGCGCAGCUGCUCACCGCGCUCUCGGGGCUGUGGUCCGUCCACGCGCACUGCGCGCUCACCUGCGUCAGAGAACCCAGUCCUAGGAAAGCCACAUUAGCUAAAAUUGUGCCAACUCCAAAUAAUGGAUCUGCAGAGCUUGUGCCACUCCAUCGAGACCAGGGGGAAGAUGGCCAGGAAGCCCUUUCCUUUGAGUUUCAGAAAAUUAAGUACUCUUAUGAGGUCGAUGACAGGAAACAGUUUCUCCCUGUGGCUUUCCCUGUGGAGCACCCCCUCUCCUAUUACCAGAAUGCCCGAGGCUACCAGGAGGACAGAGAGAUCCGAGUGGCUGAGAAGAAAUACGGCACAAACAAGGCAGAAAUGGUGGUGCCAGAGUUCUUGGAACUCUUUAAAGAGAGAGCCACAGCCCCUUUCUUCGUCUUUCAGGUGUUCUGUGUGGGUCUCUGGUGCCUGGAUGAAUACUGGUACUACAGCGUCUUCACUCUCUCCAUGUUGGUGGCAUUUGAAGCUUCUCUGGUCCAACAGCAAAUGAGAAAUAUGUCAGAGAUUCGAAAAAUGGGCAACAAACCAUACAUGAUUCAGGUUUACAGAAACCGGAAGUGGCGUCCCAUUUCCAGUGAUGAGAUCAUCCCAGGGGAUAUUGUUUCUAUUGGCCGAUCUCCUCAUGAGAACCUAGUGCCAUGUGACGUGCUCUUGCUCCGUGGAAAGUGUAUUGUGGAUGAAGCCAUGCUGACUGGAGAGUCUGUGCCUCAGAUGAAGGAGCCCAUUGAGGAUCUCAGUCCAGAGCAUGUCUUGGACAUGCAGACAGACGCCAGACUGCACAUCAUAUUUGGGGGAACAAAGGUCGUGCAGCACAUUCCACCCCAGAAAACCAGCACGGGACUGAAAUCUGUUGAUAAUGGGUGCGUGGCAUACGUUCUGAGGACUGGAUUCAACACAUCUCAGGGGAAGCUGCUGCGAACAAUCCUCUUUGGAGUGAGAAGAGUGACAGCCAACAACUUGGAGACCUUUAUUUUCAUCCUGUUCCUUCUGGUCUUUGCCAUUGCUGCUGCAGCGUAUGUGUGGAUUGAAGGCACCAAGGACCCGAGCAGGAAUCGAUACAAACUCUUUCUGGAAUGCACUUUAAUACUGACUUCAGUAGUUCCACCCGAACUUCCCAUUGAACUUUCUCUGGCUGUCAACACCUCCCUUAUUGCCCUGGCCAAGCUCUAUGUGUACUGUACAGAACCUUUCCGAAUUCCCUUUGCUGGGAAAGUUCAGGUUUGCUGCUUUGACAAAACUGGCACCCUUACCAGUGACCACCUGGUGGUAAGAGGUGUGGCUGGGCUCAGGGAUAGGAAGGAAGUGACGCCAGUGUCUGACAUUCCUGUAGAAACCCACCGAGUGAUUGCCACUUGCCAUUCAUUGGUCCAGUUGGAUGACGGGACGUUGGUGGGAGAUCCAUUAGAGAAAGCAAUGCUGAUGGCUGUGGAUUGGACUCUGACCAAAGAUGAGAAAGUUUUCCCCAGAAGUAUUAAAACUCAGGGACUGAAAAUUCACCAGCGCUUUCAUUUUGCCAGUGCCCUGAAAAGAAUGUCUGUCUUGGCUUCAUAUGAGAAGAUUGGCUCGACUGAUCUCUGUUACAUUGCAGCUGUGAAAGGGGCCCCAGAGACACUGCAUGCAAUGUUCUCUCAGUGCCCGAGCAGCUACCGCACCAUGCACACAGAAAUCGCACGCGAAGGGGCAAGGGUGCUUGCGCUUGGCUACAAAGAGCUGGGGCACCUCACUCAUCAGCAGGUGCGAGAGUUGAAGCGCGAGGCUCUGGAAUGUGACCUGAGAUUUGUCGGCUUCAUUGUGGUCUCCUGUCCUCUCAAAGCUGAUUCCAAGCCCAUCAUCCGGGAGAUCCAGAAUGCAUCGCACCAUGUAGUGAUGAUCACAGGGGACAAUCCGCUCACUGCCUGCCAUGUGGCCCAGGAACUCCACUUCAUCCAGAAGGAUCACACCCUCAUCCUGCAGCCUCCCCACAGCAAAGACUCCUGCUGGCAGUGGCAGUCCAUUGACGGCACCACCACGCUCUCCAUCUUUCCACACUCCAUGCAAGAGCUGAUACGUCACAACCUGUGUGUUACGGGGGAAGGGCUCUCUUACCUGCAGACUGCGAGCAGACAGCAAUUGUUGAAGCUCAUACCCCAUGUUCAGGUGUUUGCCAGGGUGGCACCAAAACAAAAGGAGUUUGUCAUCACAACAUUAAAGGGGCUCGGCUUUGUCACGCUGAUGUGUGGGGAUGGAACCAACGAUGUUGGAGCCCUGAAGCAUGCAGAUGUGGGGGUGGCACUGCUGGCAAAUGCUCCCGAGAGACUCCCCGAGCGGAAAAAGAGACCUCGAGAUGGACCCAAUGAUGGGAGACCCGCCUUGCCUGCCGUAGGGAGCAGUGCCGUGAAGCCCACCUCCCGUGCUGCCAAGCACAGGGUCAUGUCCCAGAGAGAAGAGCAACUGGCCAUCCAGCGGGUUGGUAACCAGGAGCGGAUCAGCCAGGUCCUGAAGGAUUUGGAAGAGAUUGACCAUAUGCCUGUUGUGAAACUGGGUGAUGCCAGCAUCGCUGCUCCCUUUACAUCCAAGCUGUCCUCCAUUCAGUGUAUCUGCCACGUGAUCAAGCAAGGUCGCUGCACGUUGGUGACCACGCUCCAGAUGUUUAAGAUCCUGGCCUUGAAUGCCCUGAUCCUCGCAUACAGCCAGAGCGUCCUUUACCUGGAAGGAGUGAAGUUCAGUGACUUCCAGGCAACGCUUCAGGGUUUGUUACUGGCCGGCUGCUUCCUCUUCAUCUCCAGGUCAAAGCCUCUGAAGACACUUUCCAGGGAGCGUCCGUUACCCAAUAUCUUUAAUCUCUACACUGUUCUGACAGUGCUGCUGCAGUUCCUCGUCCAUUUCCUUAGCCUGGUGUAUCUGUACCAUGGUGCACAGGCUCGCAGCUCUUCCAAGAAAGAAGAGUUUGUGGAUUUGUACAAGGAGUUUGAGCCCAGCCUGGUGAAUAGCACGGUUUACAUCAUGUCAAUGGCAAUGCAGAUGGCCACUUUCACCAUUAAUUACAAGGGCCACCCUUUUAUGGAGAGUCUGCAGGAGAACAAACCUCUACUGUGGAGCAUUAUCCUUUCAGGACUGGCCAUUGUGGGCCUUUUGACAGGUUCCUCACCAGAGUUCAGUGAAAAGUUUGGGCUGGUGGAAAUCCCCAUGGAGUUUAAGAUUGUGAUUGCUCAGGUCUUGCUGGCUGACUUCUUCCUCGCCUUGGUGGUGGACCGAAUUCUUCAAUUUCUGCUGGGAAGUGCAAAACUUAAAGUGCCCUCCUGAAACGGAUUCCAAGCCUCCAACAUCCCAGCAGUGCUGAGUAUACAAGUGUGAAGGACAACACCGUGGGGACACACUUCCAGAUUGCAAGAAAAGAAUCUUUAUUCUUUUGACAGUGACUUAGCCCUGCUCUGCAGCAGGCCUGGGAAAGCUUUCUGACGUGCUCGUUUGGAGACCACUUGGUGUAACAAUCAAGGCUGCAUGGGGCAAUACACCUUUAAAUAACAUUUCCCGGACGUGAUAUAUUGGGGAAUUUUGUACUGCCCUAUGCAUGAGGAAGCGUUUACAGAAUUUGGUAAUUAAAUUGGAAUCAGUGUAUUUUAAAA